AUGCAUAAUAAUAAUGUCAUUAUUAUCGUCGCCGGCGGGAGAAAAGGCUGCAGCCUCCUCCUCCUCUUCCGCCGCCGCCUCCAUACCAACACCCACCGCUCGACUUCUACUCGCCGCUGUCGCUGCCACAGACACGGGCAUUCCUUCAACCCAAGGUCUGGGUGCACAUUAGAAGAAAAGAACAUCCGCCAAAUGACCACAUGGAAAAUAUCAACCUGGGUCGGACUUGGUAGCUGGCACCUGUAUCCUGUGUAUCCAUUGCCCGGUAAACUUCUGUCAAGCCUCCACUACAGCAGCCUGGCUGGACACGCGGACGCCGGGCUUGAGAUCAUCCCGGCGCGGCAGUCGUUCAAGCUACGGACGGGCGGCUGGCAUCGAUUGUGAUUAGCACAAGGCGCCCACGUUUGUGU